AUGGCGCGUACCCAGUCAAAGGACACAGACAGAAGAAGCAGUUCUAACAGGAUACAUGCAUUCGUCAUAGUCCUGUCAUUUGUGGGAGCUCUUGUCAUCGCUAUCUUUGUAACUUUCGGGUGCAUAUCGACGGACCUUGGCCUGAACCAUCUCUACUAUGCUGAGCUGCGAGCCAACGGUACAUACGAUGUCUCCCUCCGUGUUGGAUACUUCGGGGGCUGCAUGUCCAUCUCUCGCGCACCCGUAGCCGAUGCCGGUGCCAGCGGAAGUUCUUCUACCCGUCGGGCGGUAUACUGCAUCAAGAACAUGCACACCGAAGCCGCGGCCGAUCUGAGCGAGAGUUUCCAGGAACACCUUAACGUGACAGGCGAUAUGCUGGCUUUUACCAACUCAUUUCUGAGCAUCGCAAUUCUGCACGUCAAACACCUCCAAGAAAAUGUAUUCUUCUAUGAACCCGUUGCGAUACAAGUAGCUCUUCUUGGUGUUAGUGGCCUGAUGCUAUUUGCUGCCGUUGGGGCUCCAUCACAUCGUCGAGGUUACAAGGGCGUUGUUGCCCUUGCUAUCUUUCUUGCCACCUUUGCCAUCGCCCUGGGCCUCGUCAUCGCUAUCGGUUCGAUCCAGGCCAUGAACGCCGUACUAGGUGGAGGCAGGCCUAUAAACGAGAAACUGUUUAAUGACAGCAUUGUUAUCUCCCGUGGUAGCAGGCUAGAUGGCUUGCAAGGAGCACUCGCAGCCACGACAACGCUUUUCUAUGUUCUGAUUGGUAUGCUCUUUGUUCGAUGGAGCUCAGAAGGGGAGAGGGAAUGGGGCGGGGAAAACUUCAUCCAGGUUCUUCUCCCCGAGAGGCCCGUUUGGGGGCGCCGGGGCAAGGCGAUAACGCAAUUCUGA